CUCCUCUGWAUUCGCUCUUCGUUUCUUCCCUCUGACUGGGAACCACAACUGAAGCUCGAAGCGCCGCUUGUAGACUUAUCAAACCCCAACCCUAAGUCUCAACUUCCAUAUCUUCUCAGAAGCGGAAAUGGCUUCCUUGCCUUUCUCUUCUUCGGCUCUGGUAUCUCGUUCCUCUCUACGCCGUGGAACUUCCCAUUCCGUUGAGCCUUGUUUUCGGAUUCCUGCUCGAAGUGGCGUGAGAUGUAAUCUGGUGGAGCCAUUAAAGUUUAACAAUGGAAAACCAUGUAUUCCGGUGCUCAAUGACCAAACCAUGUCCAGUUUCUUGACUUCAAGGUACGCAGAAAGCUUGACGAACAAAAACGAUACCAGGCUGCGCAUUUUCUCAGGCACAGCUAAUCCUUCUCUUUCUCAGGAAAUUGCAUGCUACAUGGGCCUGGAGCUGGGAAAGAUCAAGAUAAAACGGUUUGCCGAUGGUGAAAUCUAUGUUCAGUUGCAAGAGAGUGUUAGAGGGUGUGAUGUAUAUCUGGUGCAACCCACAUGUCCUCCAGCAAAUGAGAAUCUCAUGGAGCUUUUGAUAAUGAUUGAUGCUUGUCGGAGGGCGUCUGCCAAAAAUAUUACUGCUGUGAUCCCAUAUUUUGGAUAUGCUAGGGCUGAUAGAAAGACCCAAGGUCGUGAGUCCAUUGCAGCCAAACUUGUGGCAAACCUGAUAACAGAAGCAGGUGCAAACCGUGUUCUUGCAUGUGAUCUUCAUUCGGGCCAGUCCAUGGGUUACUUUGAUAUUCCAGUGGAUCAUGUGUAUGGUCAGCCUGUAAUUCUUGAUUACUUAGCCAGCAAGACCAUAUGUUCAGAUGAUUUGGUAGUGGUUUCACCGGAUGUUGGAGGUGUUGCUAGGGCACGUGCUUUUGCUAAGAAAUUAUCUGAUGCCCCAUUAGCUAUUGUGGAUAAAAGGCGUCAUGGGCACAACGUUGCCGAGGUGAUGAAUCUUAUUGGUGAUGUUAAAGGAAAAGUAGCUGUUAUGGUGGAUGACAUGAUUGACACUGCUGGGACUAUUGCAAAAGGUGCUGAGUUGUUACACCAAGAAGGGGCAAGAGAAGUCUAUGCAUGCACCACACAUGCUGUUUUUAGUCCUCCUGCUAUUGAGAGGUUGUCAAGUGGGUUGUUUCAAGAGGUGAUCAUCACAAAUACCAUUCCAGUGAUGGAACAGAACUACUUUCCUCAGCUCACUGUUCUGUCAGUAGCAAACCUUUUGGGCGAGACAAUUUGGCGUGUUCAUGAUGACUGCUCUUCCUACUCCAGUUUUCCAAACAUUCAGACCGGAGAAGGGGAUCACACUAGAGCUAGGAUCCCAGCCCUUCUCUGGGGCACCAGGUUGGGCCUCCGUUUGAGAUCUGAGAGAAUUGAGAUUGAGGGAGGAGCACCCAACACUCCAGAUAUGCAUCAUCAACAAAUUAAAAGGAGCCAAAUCCGUGGCAUCUACAAUGUACAGCUUGUUGGGAUGGAUUAUGAGAUCUGCCAACUCCUUUUACCAGAAAACUUGUACAGGGAUGAAAAUGGGGGACAGCCUUAAUGGGAUGGCUAUUUCUAUUUUCUUUUUUUAAAUCUUUGCGAUGCUUGUAGUUGUAGUUGUAGUUGUAGCCAGAGCCACCUGGGCUAAUCUCCAUUCUCCCCUUAGCUUGCUAUGUCAUGGAGAGGGGAUGAUUGUAAGCCCCAAUUCCAGACCAGUAGAAUUUAAUGUAAAUAAAUAUAUAUUUAUGCUGA